AUGGAAAAGCCACCAGCUCACGAAGACAAGCAUGCCACCAAAGCAGAGCAAAUAUCGCGCAUCGACGCGCUCGCCACCGCGCCGGGCGUCACGCGGGAGUCUUUCGCCCAUCUCGACGAGAAGGCCAUCCUGCGCAAGAUGGAUCUACGCCUGAUACCCAUGCUCGCGCUCCUCUACCUCCUCUCCUUCCUCGAUCGCGGUAACAUAGGGAAUGCUCGGAUCGAGGGCCUGGUGGAGGAUCUCGGGAUGACGGGGCCUCAGUAUAAUUGGUGCUUGACGGCGUUCUUCUUCACGUACGCGGCGUUCGAGGUGCCCAGCAAUCUGCUGUUGAAGAAGCUUAGGCCGAGCAUCUGGCUACCGAGUAUUAUGGUGGCGUGGGGCGUGGUUAUGACCUUGAUGGGGAUUGUGCAGAAUUAUCAUGGUUUAUUGAUUGCGCGGAUAUUUCUUGGUGUAACGGAAGCUGGCUUGAUCUGGCUCUGUCGUCUUGUUUACGCAGCAGAACGAGGUAUCAUGAAACUAAUGGAAAACAGACUAUUCCCGGGUGUAGCGUACUACAUCACCAUGUGGUAUUGUCGACAUGAAGCUCAGUUCAGACAAGCUCUGUUUUUCAGCGCCGCCUCAGUCGCCGGAGCAUUCUCAGGCCUGCUCGCGUUUGGUAUUGCCAAGAUGGACGGCAUCGGAGGCCUCGAAGGCUGGCGCUGGAUCUUCAUCUUAGAGGGCAUCUUGACCGUCGUAGUCGCAAUCCUCGCAUAUUUCACACUCUUCGAUUUCCCCGAAACCGCCAGCUUCCUAAACGAGGAAGAGCGAGCCUUUGUGGUAUAUCGACUAAAGUACCAAGGACAGCAAAAAGACGACAACGUCAGGGUUGCGCAGGAUGAUUCAUUCCAGUGGAAAUAUGUUAAGGCUGCUUUCUUGGACUGGCAAAUUUACAUGUCGAUCUUGGUAUACUGGGGAAUCGUAGCACCGCUCUACGGCAUCUCGCUCUUCCUGCCAACCAUCAUCAGAGGGCUUGGGUUUUCACGCGCGGCAGCCCAGCUCUUGACCGUACCAAUCUAUAUCACAGCGUCAGUCCUUGCAGUAGGCACGGCGUGGGUUAGUGACAAAUAUGGCCGGCGGUCACCGUUUAUAUUGGUGUGCCUCGGUAUCAUGGCGGUCGGCUUCAUCAUGUGUCUCUCAACUGGCACACCUGGAGUGGUGUACGCUGGGGUGUUCAUCGCAGCAGCAGCUCUAUAUCCAGCUUUUCCGGGUAACAUUACUUGGCUAUCCAACAAUCUUGCGGGCUCCACAAAGCGUGCAACAGGACAGGCCAUCCAGAUUGCCAUGGGCAAUCUCGCCGGAGCCAUGGCUUCCAACUUUUAUCGGUCAAAAGAUUCGCCUCGUUAUAUCCUAGGACACGCGCUCGAACUUGCCUUCAUCUGCGUUGGCAUCCUCGCGGGGCUGUUUUUGGUGUGGAAUUACACCCGUAUUAAUAAGAAGCGAGAAAGGCAGAUGGCAGAAGGGGCGCACAACGGGUAUACGCCAGAAGAGCUGAGUGAGCUCGGCGAUCGUGCCAUCAAUUUCCGUUACUUCUUGUAG